CCGUCUAACGCGUCCCUCUUUACCCGCACAAAGACAACUCAUCGGCCAGACUACACUAUGGCUCGCGAUCGUAUGGGAAUUCCGCCUCUGCCUGCGCCAUCAAAUUCGGACGUUCUGUUAUAUACAUUCGACGAUGAGCUCAUGGAGACCUCAAUACGCAAUAUAGCCUUCCUUCGCCGAAAUCCUCCUUGUUGGGUCACCCCGAGGAAGGAGACCGGUUGCCUUCCAGGAGUAAUGCGCCGUUGGUUGCUCGAACAGGGACGCAUUGUUGAAGCAAGCGAAGGAGAACUCUCGAAGCGCGAUCUGGUUGAUGAAGAAGUCGUUCUGACAUUCAAUGGGGUCGAAGGUUGCCGCUGGGGUCGGAUUGUAUUGACAUCGACCUGA